AUGGCCGUUCGACUUUCUCGCUCUUUCCAGCCAUUGACGAUCGUUCAGAAACGAGCAUUUGCUUCCACCACCAUUGCUUUGGCGGGUCGUCAAGGUGGCCGUUUCCGUCGACCUGAAAAAAAGUACGAUGUCGAUCACAUGGAGCAGUUCCAAUUCGACGACCAGACCACCAUGGGUCACGACUUGUUUGAGAACAUCCGCACCGUGCGUCAAUACUUGCGAAAGACCGAAUAUGAAUUGCCAAAGCUGAAAUCUUUUGCCAAACCAUUUGUGCCUCCUAGCAGUGACCAGAUCCUCAAGCUCAAAUCUCACACCUACCUUGGUGAAGGUCAUCCUGUGGAACGUAAGGUGGUCUUGUCUGUCAAGGUGACCGAUCUCAAAUUGAGCGACUCUGAACGACACAAGUUCUUGCUGCUGGCAGGUCCUCGUUACCACGUCGAUACCGAUGAACUUAUUCUUUCAAGCGAAAAGUUCCCUCAUCGUAAACAAAACAAGAAAUACGUUCGUGAUACGCUUAAUGCUUUAUUAAAGGAAUCCAAGAACGCCAAUGACACCUUUGCAGAUAUUCCUCUUGAUUUGCCACAACCAAAGAAAAAGUUGCAGUUCCCCAAGGAAUGGGCACGUCCUCAACAACAACAGCAAACCCAACAAGAAUAG